CAGCAAGUCCCAGCAGGAGUGGUAAAAUUACAGCCUUUCCUACAGAGGAAGAAAGCAGGGCCAGCUGGCUCCAGAGCAGAAGCAGCCAAGCGGCGGCACUGGCCGCAGCCUGCGCACGGCCGUCGUGGGCUUGCCAGCCCUGCCGCCGGACUUGGCCCCGACCGCCGCUGCGGGCCACGCUCCGAGAGGCCCGGGUGCCGCUCGGCCUCUGGCGGCUCUCGAGCGCCUGGCUCUGCCUGGAGGGGUCCUUCGAAGCGAGCCGGAGGGACGGGGCUCUCUGCCCUGAGCCAUGGGUGUCCGGGCCGCCGUGGCCCUGUGCCAGGGGUGAACCCGGGCGCGCUUGGCCUCCAAGCCUAUGGGCCGCACCGGAGCCCAGCAGCCCCUGCGAAGCGCGAGGUGAGUCUCCGCCACCCCCGCGAGUCGGAGCCCGACGGGCCGGGCCAGGCCGGGACGGACAGCAAGCUCCGGGGCCGGGACACACGUUGCUUGGCACGGGGAGAGACUGGAUGGUGCUCUGCGGUUCCAGAUCUGGCAGGAAGCAGCCCGCUCCGUCGGAUGCUGGCGCAGGCGUCUUAAGGAAGGACUGAGGAGGCAGCGAGAAACCCGGCAGGGAGGGUGGGUGGGAUCUCUUCUUCUGCUCGGCGGCCGAGCGAGCGCAGAAGCCAAUCGGGGGGGAGGAAGUAUGAGGAGCCUCGUGCCAAGAGGCGGCGGCGGCAGGCGGAGCGGCUCUCCGCGGGCACCGGGCAGCCGGGGCGUGCAGAGGGCCACGGGCUGGCUGCUGCUGCUGCUGCUGCUGGCCCUGGAGCACUUCUCCUCCACCCUGGCCUUCUCCACGUGCAAGACGCUGGACAUGGAGAUGAUGAAGCGCAAGCGGAUCGAGGCCAUCCGGGGGCAGAUCCUCAGCAAGCUCAAGCUGUCCAGCCCGCCGGAGGUGGAGGACACCGAGUCGCGGGAGCUGUCCGAAGACGUCCUGGCCCUCUACAACAGCACGCUGGAGGUGAUCCGCGAGAUGAUGGCCGAAGACCAGAAGGAGACGUCCCAGGAAGAGUACUACGCCAAGGAGGUGCACCGCUUCAACAUGCUGCCUGCCGGUCACGACAGCUACCAGGAAUUCAAGAAAACCUCCUACAGCGUCUUCUUCGGCUUCGAUUUAUCGCAGAUCCGGGCAGCGCUUCACGAUCCGAACCUGCUGUACCGGGCAGAGCUGAGACUACGCGCCUCUGGUCCGGAGCAGCGGCUGGAGCUCUACCAGCAGCACCAUUCUGUCAACACCACCACCUGGUACUACCUGGACGGGCGCAUGGUCAAAUUCAAGGCCGAGAAGGAGUGGCUGUCCUUCGACGUCACCGCCGUCCUCCGGGUGUGGCUCGCAGGCAAAGAGCCUCUGGGAAGAUUCCGCCUGAGCGCCCACUGCUCCUGCGAGGGCCACACCGAGCAGCUGAAGGUGGAGAUCGAAGGGACCAGAUCCAAAAGAGGCGACCAGCAGCAAAUCAGCCAGGCGACCACGCAGCUCCCGUACUUGCUGGUGAUGGCGAUGCCGCCGGAGCGCGCACAGCUCCUGCACAGCCACCGGCACAAGCGAUCCACCCAGGACGUGGGCUACUGUGGCCAGUCCCCGGAGGAGAAGAACUGCUGUGUCCAGCGCCUUUACAUCGACUUCCGGAAGGACCUGAAAUGGAAGUGGAUCCAUGAGCCCCAGGGCUACUACGCCAACUUCUGCAUGGGGGCUUGCCCCUACCUCUGGAGUUUAGACACCCAGUACAGCAAGGUCCUGUCUCUUUACAAUCUGCACAACCCAUCUGCCUCAGCCACGCCCUGCUGUGUCCCAAAUGAGCUUGCACCCCUGGGGAUCAUGUACUACGUCGGCCGUCAAUACAAGGUGGAAAAUCUCUCCAACAUGGUUGUGAAAUCAUGCCGAUGCAGCUGAGGAAAAGGACUCACGGACUCGGAAUAUCCGUUCUGGGCGGGUUGGAAUUUUUCAAAAGCCAAGUGGGGAAGAGGCUGGGACUGGAGCUUGAGAGAAAGAGGCAAACAGACUCCCCUUUCCACCCUCACAAAACCACAAAGCCUUUUUCAAAAAAGAAAAACCUAAUUCAGUGAGAUUUAUUAUUAUUAUAUUAUUAAUAUUAUUUUAUUUUGUAAAUUUAUGUCUUGGGGUUGUGUGAAAAGUCUUGAAUUCUUUGUAACUAUUGUGCUUCAGAGGUUGACAGAAUUAUAAUUAUUAUAAGAAUAACUAUUUCUCUGAAAGAAACAACAUGAAAGAGACACACACUACCCUCCUGCCAUAGAGUAUGUGUUGGAAGAAGCUGGGCACUUGGAUUUUUGAGACGAGCAGAGCAAAGAGAAACACUCUCAGCACUGGGCAGAAAGUCUGGCUGGGUCAGGCACGGACGGGCCCGGAAGGCCAUGGCUUUGGAAGACUGCCCAGCGCAGCCUCAGGGGGAUCUCAGCGGUCAAACGGCUGUGUCCGGACGGUACGAGAGUGCCCAAGCUUCCUGCAGGGGCCAGGGUCGCUGGACGAUGCCGAGGUCACCCGCAGAUGUUCUCAGGGCCCCCACCCCAAAGAAGAUGGCGGGGGCAAGAUGCUCCUCCUCAGCCCCCCCCCCCCAGCCCCGGCGCCCAUCUGGCCUUUGCGUGCUUUGCUCAGACUCUGUCUUGUCCCCUUCCUGGGAGACACCCAAAGCGAGGCACCCCUGCCGUGGGCAAGGCCUGCAAAGAGCAGGUGAAGUGGCGGGUCAGGGUCUUGGGGGGCAGAUGGCUCCGACCCCCAAGUGCUUACCUCCGCCCUCUGGCCCCCACAGCCCCCCUCCUCGGCCAGACAGCUCUGCUGGGGGGCUUUCCUACGGGUCGAUGGGGCUGCGGGACCCGAGAGGGGCAACGCGGACUGGAUUUCUCCUGGGGCGGGGGCCGCUUUGCACUCAUUCGGUGCCAGGUCAGGCCUAAGCAAUGAGGAUGGUGGGGGGGGCUGUCCUGAGGGCAAGGGAAGGGGAUCGCGAUGCCGCUGUCAUUGUCGAGUGUAAUAUUAAAGAAGAGUUUUCCCGCCUGGA